UAUAUUCUAGUUGGGUCUGUGAUGGAAAUAACCUCUUGGAGUCCUCUUGGAGUAUGCGAUUUUAGAAUUGAAAAAAUAUUGUAGUUAUUAACUAUUGUGACUUAAUGCCAUGGUGAAAAUUCAUUCAUUUCUUAAUUUGAAUGAUUUGUGUUUACGAAUUUUAUAAAUGAAAAUACAUAUGAAUUACGAUUCGGAUAAUUCAUCCUCAACUAAGAGUUUUACCUGGGCACCUGCUUCCAAUAGCAGUGACAGUGGGAGCAUGGAUUCUUAUGUGAGUUUGCCCAAUAAUCAAAAUAUGGAAAAGGAAAACAAUGAAGAUAUAUCAAAAAGCAGUAAUGCAGAUUCAAUACACUAUAUUGAAAACUCAAUGGAUAGUCCAAAGAAACUACAAAUGAAACCAGUAGAAAAUGAAGAUAUGUACAUAAGUAAAAAGAAAAAGAAAAAAAAGGAUAAAUAUAGUAUAAGUGAUAAUUUAGAAGACAAUGUUCUUAAUGACUAUGAAUUUUUAAACAAAAAAGUCAAGCAAGAAGAAGACGAGAACAACAAAUCAAUAGAUUUUAAGGUAAAAAGUAGAAAAUUCAGUGAGGAUGACUGUAAUAUUCCCUCAGAUGAACUACAUUCAACAUUAAACAACAGUGGUAUCAAAAAAGAAAAGAAGAAAAAAAAUAAACACAAAAUCCUAGACACAGAUGUUCCUUUGUCAGAUGAUCAUAAGAUUGAUACAAGCCCUAAGAAACGAAAAAGUAAAUAUAAAGUAGAAGUAAAGUCAGAUGAGAGUAAUAAUGAUCACUUUAAUAUAGAAGAUAAAUUUUGUGCUGAAGAAACAGUUGUACAAAAGCCACAUUCUCCUUAUAAAGGGAAUAAACAUAAUUUUGUUGAUGACUAUGAUUUUUUAAACAGGAAAGUCAAGCAAGAAGAGGAUGAGAACAACAAAUCACUAGUUUUAAAGGUGAAGAGUAGUAAAUUCAAUGAGAAUGACUUGAAUAUUACUUCAAAUAAAGUAGAUUCUACAUUGAAUAACAGUGGUGACAAAAAGGAAAAGAAGAAAAAAAAAAGACACAAAUAUCUUGAUGCAGAUAUUACUUUGUCAGAUGAUCAAAAGAACGAUUCAAGUUCUAAGAAACAUAAGAGUAAAUGUAAAGUUGAAAUAAAAACUGAUGAGAGUAAUGAUGAAAACUUUGACAUAGAAGAUAAAUUUUGUGCUGAAGAAACUGUUGUACAAAAGCCACAUUCUCCUAAUAAAGAGAAUGAAUAUGAAAAUACUGUAAAUAAUGAAAUUAGUAAUACAGACUAUAAGUCAGAUGAUGAGUUACAUGAAAACAGUUUUCAUAAUCAAAGUAAUAAUAAUGACUUGUGUAUAAACCGCAGAGAACCAACUAAUUGUACAUUAGAAAAAAAGGUCAAUCAUAAAGCUAUAAGUGAGAGUACUUCAAUUACACUAUUAAAUAAAAAAAGACAAAGUACAUCAAAAAUAAUAGAGAGAAUUAGAUUUGAGGAUGAAACUGAUACAGAUUUAGACAUAUCUGAAAAUAGUACUGACAAAGAAUCAUCACAUUUAAAAAAGAUCCUUCUAAAAGAAAAAUCAUUUUUUGAGCCGGUCCCAGAAAAAUCAAAAAGUUAUCAAAAGAUAACAGAAGAUGAUGAAUUAUGGUUGGUAAAAUGCCCACAUAAUUUGGGCAUAGUAGAUUUUAGCAAUAAGGAAUUGACAUUAGACAGUAAAAGUAAAAUUAAAAUAUCUGGUGAAACUUAUAAUGGGACUUUAAAUGAAAAUAUUGUAAGUGUAACACUGAUGACCCCUGAUAAAAAAGGGUUUAUAAUUAAGAAUGUAAAUAUAAAUGGAACUGUCACUCUUCAGAAAAGACUUUCGAGACCACAUAUUGUUGAAGACAAUGUGAUGGUAAAUAACCAAACUGACUUCAUACCUUUACCUGAAACUAAAUAUCACCAUCCUCUUUUCGGAUCCAAUUAUAAAAAUGCACUUAAACUGCCCAGUUCAAUCACUCAAAGGUUACAAGAACUUAAUGCUAACGAAUCUAUCCAAACUGCACAAAUUGAAAAAAAGAAGAGAAAGAAACGCAAAUAUGAGCAUAACAUAGAUGAAGAUAAGGAUAUUAGUACAGACAUGAAACCUCAAAUUGAGAGUGAUAUUUCUAUGAAAAAAGCAAAAAAACGAAAACAUGACAACGACAAUGAAGUCACUGCAAAGAAGGCAAAAAGAUUAAAACAAGAAUUUGAUUCUAAUGAUGUGUGGGAGUCUGAAAAAGCUAUUGAAGAGAACCUUUUCAAUUUCUAGUUUUGUUUAUUUUACUGAAAUAAAAUAUGUACAUGUUGCUAUACUUCAUUUAUUUCGGUAAUACUGAAAUUAUUGAAAUAAUAACAUAAAGUUUAAAAAAGAUGAAAAAUACAUAUCACAUUGAAAUAUUCGUUUU